CACUUAUGCCAAGAUAUCUUUAUCUACCUUGUGUUUUAUCUGUAGCUCCUGAAAGAAUUUUAUUUUCCUCAAUUACAACAUUGUCUCCGUCUCAUAUUGUAAAAGUUCGUUACGUUUUGCUUGGCCUGCUUACUACUGCUUAUUUGUACUUCAAGUAUAUUGUCCAUAUCAUGAAUUACGCUGUGAGAACCAGACGAAGAUAAAUAUACAACCAUGUCGUCCAGGCAAGAUAGAGCCAAAUCAAGUGGCUUUCUGGAGAUGUUCUUCGCCAGGCCACGGACGAAGGGGCGUGGGCCGUCGGGACAACAGCCGAGGCCCCCGUCAGAAACCUACUUCAACGAAGCUGAAGAACAAGAAUUCUUCAUCUCUGGUCUUGACGAAGAGACCACAAAUGACAAGUUCGAGGAGAUGUUGGAUGACAUGAACUUGACAGAGGAAAAAAAGAUGCCUCUUCGAAUGCAACCCACCGAGAACAAGAAAAAAAUGUUGAUUAAUCAUUACAAAGGAGUGACACAGGAAAGCAGAAACCGUCUGGACAAACCAGCUGAUUAUAUCAAUUAUCUCAGUACAGCAGAUUUGAGUGCAAAUAAAUUAUAUGGUUGUAUUGAAUCGCUUAGAAUUGCACUCACAAAUAACCCUCUAAAAUGGGUUGAAGAAUUUGGCACAAAAGGCUUAAAGAAGGUUUUAAAUGUCCUCAAUGAAUGCUAUUUAAAUGACAGCCGUUUUGACAAGAUACAGUAUGAAUGCAUAAGAUGUCUGCGGGCCUUCAUGAACAACACUACUGGUAUCAGGCAAACAUUUUCACAACGGGAGGCUUUGACAAUUUUGGCUCGGUCGGUUGAUCCCUCAAAGCCCUAUGCUAUGCUGGAGGCGGUAAAAUUGCUGGCUGCAGUUUGUCUUAUUCCACCCAUCAGUGGUUCUGGGAAGGAUGGUCAUGAGAAAGCCUUAGAAGCUAUUACAAUGAGUGGAGAGCUCAAAGGAAGAGAACGAUUUGAACCUAUUGUUCAAGGCCUCCUAAUUAAGGAAAAUGAAAAGACACUAAGGGUUGCCUGUCUGCAGUUAAUUAAUGCCAUAAUCACCCAGCCUGAUGAUCUAGAGUACCGUUUACAUCUUAGGAAUGAAUUCAUGAGAGUGGGCCUUCUUGACGUCAUUGAGAACCUAGAGGAAGAUGCAAAUGAGGACCUAUUAACACAGCUUAAGAUUUUUAAAGAACAUAAGGACGAAGACUUUGAAGAGUUUAUUCAACGAUUUGACAAUGUUCGUCUAGAACUAGAUGAUGUCAAUGAUUGUUUUGAAAUGGUUAAAAAUCUGGUAAUGGAUACAGCUGCUGAACCUUACUUCUUAUCAAUACUGCAGCAUUUUCUCUUCAUACGUGAUGAUGCUCAGAUAAGACCUGCAUACUUCAAAUUACUUGAAGAAUGUGUUUCACAAAUUGUAUUACACAGAGGUGGAUGUGAUCCUGACUUUAGAUCAACAAGACGAUUUCAAAUUGAUGUCCAGCCUCUCAUUGAUACUCUUGUUGAGAAAUCAAAGGUAGAUGAUGAGAGAAGGAUAGAGGAGCUGCAAAUGAAACUAGAAGAAGCACUUGCCCUCCGUCAAGAAACAGAAGCCAAAUUACAACAAACUGAGAAAAAGUUAUCAGAAUUGGAGUCUCGUGUCGGAUCAGCAGCAUCGCCAGGCAAGCUGGGCAACGUUCCUGCGCCGCCGCCUCCUCCGGCUAUGUAUUGCCCUCCACCACCGCCCAUGCCCGGCGGGCCCGGCGGCGGAGUAGCGCCUCCGCCCCCACCGCCACCCCCCGGGUCCGGGUUCGGUCCACCACCUCCACCGAUGCCUGGCUGCGGGCCCCCGCCCCCGCCCAUGCCUCCAGGCAUGGGGCCGCCCCCGCCUCCCUUCCCCGGGGGCAUGCCCAUGCCGCCCAUGUUCCCUGGGGCUCCUGCCGCCCCCAAACCUCCGGAUGUCCUUCCCCUUGGCCUCAAACCAAAGAAGAAGUGGGACACUGACGGGCCCCUCAAGAGAGCCAACUGGAAGGCUAUUGUUCCUCAGAAGUUGUCUGAGAAAUCUUUCUGGGUGAAGGUUCAUGAAGAGAAACAUGCAUCGCCUGACAUUCUCAAUGGUUUAGCCCAGAGAUUUUCAUCCAAACCUGUUGCUAAGAAGAUUGAUGCAGGAGACAAUGGAGUGAAGACAGGAACUCUUAAAAAAGUGAAAGACCUAAAGGUUCUUGAUGGGAAAGCAGCGCAGAAUAUAUCUAUCCUGUUAGGAGGGUCUUUGAAGCAUCUGAGUUACAGUGAUGUGAAGCGUUGUAUACUACGCUGUGAUGAUUCAGUUCUAACAGACAAUGUGUUGCAGCAGCUGAUUAAUUAUCUCCCAUCUCCCGAUCAGCUGCACAAAUUAGAAGAAUACAGAAGCCAAUAUGAUGAUUUGACAGAGGCCGAACAGUUUGCUAUUACACUUGCUGAAAUAAAGAGACUUCUUCCUCGUUUGAAAUCUAUGAGCUUCAGGCAGCAUUAUAAUGAAAUUGUUGCAGAUGUCAAACCUGACAUUGUAGCAGGCACUACAGCCUGUGAAGAAGUAAGAAAUAGCAAAAAGUUUGCUGAAAUUUUGGAACUGAUUCUCCUCCUUGGUAAUGUCAUGAACAGCGGAUCAAGGAAUGGUCAGGCAUUUGGUUUUGAGAUUAGUUUCCUGCCAAAGUUGACAAGUACAAAAGAUGUGGAAAACAAAACUACAUUGCUCCAUUAUCUUGUGGAGACAAUUGAACGAAAGUCACCAGAAUUAUUAACAUUUGAGGAUGAGCUUCGCCAUGUGGAUCGAGCUGCCCGUGUUGCUGUGGAUAGUAUACAAAAAGCUUUGCGACAAAUGGAUUCUAGUGUUCGCAAUCUGGAGACUGAUUUAAACAAUUGCAAAGUGCCUCAGGGUGAAGAUGACAAAUUUGUCCAAGUUAUGAGUUCUUUUGCUAAAGAGGCCCGAGAACAAUGUGAAAUACUGCAGAGUAUGUUCCGGAAAAUGGAUUUGUUGUACACGGAUUUGUCAGAAUUUUUCUCCUUUGACAAACUUAAAUACACAUUGGAAGAAUUUUUCAGUGACGUGAAAACAUUCAAAGAUGCAUUUUAUCAAGCCUUAAAAGAUAACCAGAAAGUGAGGGAGACUGAGGAGAAGAGUAGAAGAGCACGUGAAGCACGAGAAAAAGCAGAAGUGGAGCGGGCAGACAGGGUUGCUCGGAAACGAGCGCUUGUAGAUAUGAACACACCCCAGACGCAGGAAGGAGUAAUGGACUCACUAUUGGAAGCUUUGCAGUCUGGUUCAGCAUUUAGUAGAGAUCAACGAAGAAGGAGGCCGGGGCAGAGGCCUGCUGGAGCUGAACGGAGAGCACAGCUGAAUAGAAGCCGUUCAAGAUCAGGGCUUGUUGGGGGAGCGCUAACGAGUAGAGAAUUAUCGAGUGAACUCCUGAGCACCGCAUAGCAGUGUGGUCAAGCCCAUGGCAAACUAGCCAUUUGAUUCUCCUGUGAUUUUUUUAAUAAUAGUGUCAAGAUCUUGGCGUGAUCACAUUGCUCAAUACGCAUUUUAUAAGUACAAUGAAUCCUUCCCCCAGUAUUACUGGUUUUAGCUAAGAAUGUAGGCAUCAAACUGGUUGUUUGUAGCAUUACAGAAAUUAUUUUAAAUUGCCCUUUUUAAAAAUUCCAUGUUUGCCUUGAAGGUUAAUUAACCUAAUAAUUCUACAAUGUUGAGUCAUAUCUCCACCAAAGUGCCAGCGUCAGGCUGUUAAAUAUGUUUAAAUCCUACACAGAUUUGCAUAGUCAUAAAAAUUAUUGUAUUCAGGACGGAGAGACUUCAGUCUUUGGUACUUGUAGAACACUCUAGACUGAUACAUAGCCAACCCAUUCUAAGACUUGUAGUAAUUUAUUAAUGUUGAAAUUUUUAAAGAUCUAUCAUUGUAACAUGCUUAUGGCUGAGCUCAUAAGUCUGUUAUGGUAUAUUUUUAGAAAAGUUUAUGACAGGUAUGGAAAACAACUUUAAGUUUGGAAGUUUACUUUUAAGAAAGAAGUGUGACUUCCCAUGUCUAAGUAACAAAGGGAGUCAAUCUGUACUGAACUUUAGUUGUUUUUAUAUUCACCUGGAUCAAAACAAAUUUAUUUCCUAACAAAUUGCAGAUACCUAUUAUGAAUCCUUUAAACCGUCUGAAUGAGCUGCUGUGAUUAUGUUAAGAUGUAGGUUGUUUUAACAGUGCAAUUUUUGUUGUCAUUCAUACAUCAGGCUACUUUCCUACAGUGGUCUCGGGACCAGGUUAAUCUCUUGUAAUCAUGGUUUCUGAAAUUUUACAACGAAUUUUGAUAAUAUUCUAUGCAUUGACUGUUUAUUUUUAAAUGGUGUCUUCAUCAGGUUUGCUGGUCAUGUGUGAUUUGCCUUUAAUAUUUAUGAAAGUUUUUAACUCCCUCUUAUUGGUUAUAGUUUUUCCCAUGGAGUAUUGUUAUUGAGUAAUACGGCAUUUGGAGUACACAUCACUCACAUACUACUUAAGAGUCUUAUUGUUAGAAAUUAUAUUUGAAACUUAUAGUUUAUGUUAGUGUAAAAGUUUGCAGAUUUUUAUGCUGCAAUUGUGUGGGCAUUUGACAGUUAUCCAUUCCCAGUACAUUUGUGAUUUAAUUACUUAAAAUAAUUGUACCCCCUCAAAAUUGACUUUCAACAUGAAAUUUGAUGACCUGUAGCCAUGCACAACUUGAACAGUAGCAGCAUGUUUCGCGACUCCGGUCUGGGGCACCAUGUCUCUGCAGGUUGACUCACCACCACCAAAACACAGGAGCUACACCCAUUUGUCUUGGUGUAUGUGUCGACCAUAAUUUAGAAUGGUUUUCAGAAUUCAUUUGUGUGACUUGUUUUCUGAAGUUUUGUGUUCUGUCACAUUUAAAUCCUGUAAGAGGCUAGUUCAAGGGAUAAAUCUUAUUUUUAUUAUUAAGUUCAAGAAAUGUAAUACAUUCAGUGUUUAAGGGCAAAUGAAUACUGUUGUGUUUUCUUCUUGAGUCUUUUAUUUUGCCGACUUAAAUAAAAUUGCAUUCCAUUUGACACAUAUCUAAAGAAUUGUGCAUCGCUGUUCUGUUCAAGGUUUAAUUUAUACACAAAUGGAUGAACUGUACGUUGUGCAACUGUUAUUUUUUUGUUUUUUUUUUUCUAAGUAGGGCCAGCAUUUCUUGUUUUGUGGUUUCCUUUGCAUCAGGACGUGAAAGUAAGUCCUUACUAGUUAACUUGCUUCUUUUGGGUCAUAAAAUUCUUCAUUUGUCUCCAACGCUGAUGCCUUCAGUGAAAACUUUAUCUACUUAACAUUUUCUGUAAAUAUCAUGGUUUGAAGCUCAGUAGAUAGAUAGUUCACUGUUAGCAUUAGGUUUAGAGGGAAACGAAUUAAGCAGCUCUGUAACCAGAAACAUAUGAUUUCCCUUAAGAGAAAGUAUAUUUUUAUAUUCUAUUGUUAUGAAUUGGGAUAGAUUAUGUGCCUUAUAAUGUGUAUAUGUGAAUAAAGUUCUAAGCUUGAAGCAAUGUAAAAUCUAUUCCAGUCAUAUUUUUCUUAACUGUAUAUUGCAUUUGAAACUAAAUAGUGCGGGCACUACUUUAUGUGGUACAAAUUGUAAAUUACAUAAUGUUGAAGGUCUCCCUGUAAGAUUUCCAGAGAACACUGUGGAGUGGUGACCGACCUUUUCUUUUUGUGCAUUUAAAUGUAUUUAAUUGUUUGUACAUCUGACUGAAAUCUUUCAUUUUGAUUUUAUAUUCACUUGCAUAACUUUGUUGUUGCCAAAAUCAUUUUAAAUUAUUCUUUUAUCAAAGUGUCACCUGGAAGUAACACUUAAUUCUUUCUCAUUUUGCACCAAACUUAAUAUACACAGCGUGGCUUUGGUCCGGAAAGCGCUCUGCACUGUUUGUCAUUGCGUGUGAUGAUGUAUGUGUUCUUAAAUAUACAGUAAAUCUGCUGCUUCCCAA